AUGCCUUACCUCGGACCGAGAACCUUCGCAACAACCCCACUUACCAUCACAAACCUCGCUUAUCUCAACACCAAACUGGCAAAUCAAAAUGAAACCAUGGGAAACUCAGACUCAAACUCCACACUAACGUCUCUGCAAUCGUCCACGCCGCUUUCUCCGGACUCCAGCGCUAGCUCUUACGAGGAUGAUAAGACCUCGGUGUUCUACCAAGACGACAACAAAACCGUCGUGAUGCCCAACCCCAUGACCAAUGGUUCUUCAAGCUCCGUUUCUACUAUAGUGGGCAACCGGCUAAAGCUACGCCAUAACGACGAGAACGAAGAGACUGAAACAGAGGAUGAAACAGACCAGGGCGAAGGCUUGCUGGACCAGCCUUUUCACCCACUGCUGAGAAAGAAGUCGGGCGAGCUUGUAAAGUCCUCGCUGAAGCUGCCAGAUUUGAAAAGGAGCAAGUCGAUGCCCUCCACUUCCAAAUCAGUACGGUUUGCACCUGUCCUAGAGAAGGUGAAAUUCUUCGAAAAGGCAGAGAAACCAAUUGCGGUUUCUACGGACAACUCCCCUGUUUCAUCGCCUCCUCCCAUUCAGCACCGUCCCACAUGGGAGUUUGAGAUUUCGAGCGAUUCGGAUCAGGAUUCUGAUUCCGGUCUGGCUUCCUCGGACCAGACGGAACGUUGGGAAAUCGUCCAUAACGAUGUUCCUUCCAACCAGAUAUUCAACUUUGCCAAGUUCAAUGAUCCGUACAAGAAGAUCAUCCUUGAGAGUCUUAGAUUGGGUUCCAACAAGGACUCACUGAUAGGGUUUGUGUACGUGAAGAACCUCGCGUUUGAGAAGAAAUUGACCCUUCAGCUGACGGUGAACUCGUGGAGAACAUCUCAGACGAUUGACAACGCCAAUUACAUCUCUUCAAACCACAUCUUCAACUACUCCGGCAACGAGUCUUACGACAAAUUUUCUUUUAUUAUCAAGUUUUCGGAAUUGCUCAAUGCCGGCAGCAACAUCGACCUGGAGUUCUGUAUCAAGUACGAAGUUGGCAAUGACACCUUUUGGGACAACAACAACUUAAAGAACUAUAGAGUCAUAGUGCACAAGAUUACUCCGGUCACCUCACGCGGUACUGGUAGCUUCAGGGAACAUGACUAUUUCCACCUGGUGCAAACCAAGUACCCAGGAGAUGAGGACGACGACGAAUUCGAGCUCGACAAUAAGAACAAGUUGCUAACAGACGUGGAGUUUGCACCAAAGUGUAAGCCGCGUAACUCUGAUGUGUUCAGAACGCGCUACAACUUUGAUCCUUUUUCUAACUACGACAUUGACGAUUCGUACUUCUCGCCUCCAUCGGCUGACAAAACUGCUGCUGGGCCUUCAAAGUCCGCUACUGCGACUGCUAUUGCUAACGCCAGUGCCAGUGCCAAUGCCACUGCUAAGAGGACCAGUCUUGGUACUGCCGUUUCUGCCAACUACUACAAUGGGUCAAAGGGCAACAAGGCCUCCUCUCCUGGACCGGCGUUGCCUCAGCGUCGUUCAUAUUCUCAUCAUUACCAGCUGAGGAAAAAUAACUCUGCUCCCUCUCUGGUGAAGCUCUCGGAGUCCAUUUCGAAGAUGGACCUGGAGCAAUCUCGCUCCUCUUCGGAUCUGCAAAAGUGCAAAAACGAGGCUGGUUCGAGGGAUGACUCUCCCUCCACUUCGCAGCCCACCUUGCAGCCCACCCCAAGCCUGAUCACGAAAGACAGUCUGGCCUCCAGAAGAAACUAUGAUCAGUUUCUUCAGGCCUACUGUUUCUAUGGGUCACCUGUUCAAUCCCCAGGAGAGACUUCCCCAGUAAGUUCUCCGCAACUCCAUCACCAGCCGGUGACAUUUUCGUCAUCGCCAUCCGCUCCAUCCCAUCUCCAUGAAUCCACCUACCAGUCACCUUCGUUUCUGAGUGGGUCGUCUUCAUUGGAUACCCCAAGGGAGAUUGCUCUUCGCUGA